GCUAAUAAAAUUUAUUUUUAGUUUUCGCUCAUUGUAUAUUGAGAUGUAUAUUUCUAUCUUUAUUACUUUAUUUCGUUUACAGUUUGUGUCAUGAGAAACAAUCUUGUUAUUGUGAAAUGGGUGGAGGUGGUUAAGUGGAUUGUAUUUACGUUUAUUUCAAUUUAAUUAUACUAUUAUUCUAAAUAAAUUUCAAUAAAAAAUCAUGUGGUAAAACUAAAUAAAAAUUAUAAGAUUAUUGGAUUAUUUUUAUGAAGUUUUCAUUGGAGUUACAACUGUACAAUUGCCCAUAGUUAAGACAGUAUUCGUUACAGGUGCAAAUAAUUACUUUUAUAUCUGUGAUAAAAGCGGAUGAUGAACUAAUGAAUUUGUAUUAUUAUCGAAGCCAAAUUUGGAUUGUUAUUAGCACCCUUUCAACUUGAAAAAAUCGGCGCAACUCAAUAUAUAGAUGGCUGAGCUUUAAUUAUGAAUAGAAUGAUAGUACAAACUGACGUAUGAAAUUAUGUUAGAAAUUCGUUAUAUUAUUUAAAUUUUUUCUUUUUGGUUGAGAAGGCAAUGCUUGAGGAGCACAACAAUAAUCUUCUAGAUGAUGAAGAAAAUAAAUUGAGUACUAUGGGCGCUUCUAGAAAUAUGCCUAAUUCUAGAGUAAUUCUUUUGCAAGAAAGAAAGAAGCAAAUUGAAGAAACACUAGCCAAAAGAAAUCAAGAACUGAGGCAGUUAUGUAUUCAGGAAGCAGAAUUAACUGGGAUAACACCACCAGAAAUGCCCUUAGAACCAGGUGAAACUCUUCCUCAUAUCAGAAGGCGUGUUGGUACUUCUUAUCAGUUACCUGAAAAGCUAAUCAAAAAUGUCAGUAACAAAGAUGAAAUGAUAUCAGAACUGGAGCUGGAAAUUCAGUUACAUGCCAAUAUGGCUGAAGCAGCUUUAGGGUUAGCCAAUGAACAAAAUAUGAGUAAAACAAUGAAAAGACAACACAGAUCAGAAUACCAGAAGCAUAAACAGCAAUGUUUGGCAUUACAAGAAAAAUUAGCAGCAUUAAAAGAAAAAGCCGCUGUCGACCAACAGAAGCAAAAGAAAAAGCCCAGAGUUCCUGAAAGUAAUGGGGAUGAUACAGUCUCUCUUAGCACAAAUGGAAAUGAAUCAUUUAUAAAAGCUGACCUUCGACAUAGCAUGAGCUCAGCCAAACACAGUACAACAGGAGACGGUAAAGUAGAACUCCGAUACCGACAGGAUGCAUCAAGGCAAUAUAGAAUGACUGAUAUACCGUAUGUUACACAGCAGGCGAGUAAGCCUGAGGAUAUUUUAACAAGUGGAUUUUAUCGACUAAGUUUAAAUGGAUAUAGUAAAUAUAUGGAAAGACGAGAAAACAUGAACAAUGUAUACCCAAGAUAUAUCUCAGGAUCUCCCCAAUUUCAAUAUAAUUCGCAAACACCCAUAAAUCAUUUACAGCACAAUAUUUCUUAUCGACAACACAGCCCGAUAUCACAGCAUAGUCCUCUCUUAUCGCAGCACAGUCCUCAUUUAUCCCAGCACAGUCCUCAUUAUAUUCACAUUCCUCAACACAAACCUCAACUCAGUCCUCAACAAUCCCAAAGGUUCUCCCAAUACCCUCAGUAUUCUACAGACUUUGUUGACUUUGGAAAUAGACAGUCCAGUCCAACAGCAUCUCUAUCUACUAAAACACACUACUAUCCCUCUCAUCCGACAUUAACAAGACAGAAUUACAGGCAGUAUGAAAGUGAUGUUAUGUAUAGAAAUCCUCACCAAAUACAACCACACCAACAAUACGAACAAAUUAACGUUGGGUUAGGUGGUUAUUGGAAAAGAAAUCCCAAUGGUGAUCUUGUAUGGUACUCUUCUAGCGUUAUUGAUAGUACUUUACAGCGUGAUAAAAGAUUUGGUAGUCUUGAUAGAAGAAAAACUAAAAGAGUAUCUAGUCGAAUAUCACCAAAUAUGGAAAAUAAAUCAGCUACUUUAUCCGCUGUUCCUAACUAUCAAGGUCAAGUCAGAUGUGCAUCUGUUAAAAAUUCUCAGAUAUUAACUAGAAGAUCACAGGAUAAUGGCCAGUUAGUUAGAACACAAUCUUUAGGAAGUGUAGGUGCUAUAACAAUAGAUAGUGUGUACCCAACCGAUGAUAGCUCAUCAUUUGGCAGUGAUAGUAGAAAUAUGGAAGCGAAUCAAAUCUCAAAAAAACACAGAGAAAAAGAAUGGUUAGAAACGUCUCUGGACGGACCUGUAGCACUGCAAGCACCCGCUUCUCCUCUAGGACCUGCCUCAUCUCCCCAACCCUCCCUGUCGUCCUCUCAACCCACAAUAGCAACGUAUCCAGCUGAAGAAAAAAUAGCUAAAGAAAUUCCAGCCGAAUCGAAUCCGUCACCAAAAAUUCGAGAACCCAUUAUCGAAUUGUUUAACAAUAACAUACCAAAAAAUUGUACAAUAGUACAAGCAGGACAUUGUAAACCUUACCACGAAGAAACUAAACCAUUUGAAAUGUCAGAUUUUUAUAAAUACUCCACUAAAUUUAAGAAAUCACCAGUGAAAGUAGACUCGGAUAAACAGAAUAGUAGUAGUACUGGUACAAGCCACAAAAACUUGACUGAGAAAUUUGAAGAGGCUCCUACAACUUCUUAUUCACCUAAUAAUUAUCAAAAUAUUAGUAAUAAUGGUAGUACUCCUGUAAAUUUGGAUAAUACUUUGAGUACCAGUCUGGAUUUGGAUCAACUUACCGUUUCGGAUCAUUUUUCGGAUGAAAUGAACACUUGGUAUAAAGAACACCGGAAAAAUAACAAUAACCCAGGAAACACUACUCCAAAAAGUAGAUCGACAGCCACAUUAGUUUAGCAGAGAGUACAAGAUCUAGAAUAUAGAUAUAUCUUAUUGAUAGUAUUUUAUGAGUUUAUAGCAAAUAAGCCAAAAUCAGUUCUAUUGUUCACGCUUUAUUGUCCUUAGCAUCACAAAGUAUUAUUUUGUAACUUUUUAUUGUAAUUUACAUUUUUAAUGUCUGGAACUAUUGGCGGUAUUCAUACUGGACACAAUAUUUAAUAUUACCACUACAUCAACACUCAAAAUUUAUAAUGUCUGGUCCUUCGAGCAUUCUAUGUUCGUAUAUGGCUAGAAGGACCAAAUAGUGUAAUUGUAAAUGAUGUAUUGUUAGAAAAACAAAUAUGUCGGUAUGAAUUCCUUUAUAAUAAACUUAUCAAAUUUAUUUAGAAUACAUUUUUUGUUAUGUAUUUGAACAAUUAUGACAUGAAAAUAUUUUAUAUUUACAAACAAUUUAAAAAAAAACACUAAUAUAUUUUUUACUUCAAUUCCCGAAUGCUUAGGUUAAUACAAUACUUGUUUUUGUGAAAAUUAUUUUUCGAAAAAUACUCGUCUUUAUUUCUAAUUACAAGUUUUUACUAGUAUACAGGGUGAGUUUCUAAUGUGACUUGGUUAUUAUAGAAAUAACCCGAAAAAAAUGUAUUAACAAAAAUUGUAAGUAAAGAAAAUAUAAUGGAAAUAUGCUUUUGUAAAUGCGAUAUUUUCUCAAAUCCUAUUUCACCAAAUUAUAUAAGGUAUUUAAAAAGAUAAUAUAGACCCACCAUGUUUUAUGCUACAGAAACAAUUAGUAUGACAAAAAAAGAGACUGAAAUGAUGCUGAGAAUAGAAAGAAAAAUUAUGUGACAAAUAAAAUAGAAUGGCGUGUGCAGGAAAUGAACUAAUAAAUAAAUAAAAGAAGUAAUGGAGAGACAAAAUGUAGUAUAGAUGUCUAAGACAUACACGGAAAGCUGAAAUAGAAUGAUGAUAGGAGUGGACGUAAAAUUGGAGAAGUAUACCGAGUUCGAUAUGGUUUGAUGAGUUGGUUGAUGGUUAAGAAACUGGAAACUAAUAACUAUGUGAACGCCUGAUAAAUCAGUGAAGGGACUGAGUCUCCCCUGAAAAGGGCUCUGUAAAGUUCGAAAGAGCGGUCAAGUUCCAAAUAAGGGACAUCGUUUGAUGUAAAAUAUUUAUAAGUUGAGAAAUAUGCAUUGCAAAAAUCACUUAAAUACAAAAAUGCCCGGGAAUUUAAGUAUUUCUAAGAAAAUGUUGAAGUAUUAUCAAACAAACACUUAUUAAUGAUACUAAUCGACGAAUCUGGUUUAAACUUAAAACAAUUGUGGUUUUCUUAGCUAUUUUAUUUAAAGUUUCAUUUUUAUUUCGGCGUAGAUAACAUUUAUUGAGCCAGAUCCCAGGCCUGCUAAUAAACCAAUAAUGUGGAAUUGGUUAAUUUUUUAUACAGCUCUAUUCAGUCCGAUUCUGAUUCCUCAGACCCUGAGAUUGUCUGUUCAUCAUUAUUUUCUGCACUUAUCUCCUCGUCAUUCUGCUUUAUUAUCUUCUUUGUGCAUUAAUUUAUAAUUAUAAGCUAGAUAAGUUUGUUUUGCUACCCUGUCACUUUCUAUUUUAAACAUAUUGUUUAUUAAUUAUUAGAUUUCCUGUCAACAUUAGAAAAAAUUAUAUAUAAUAAUUGAAAUACAGUUUAAAAGUUCAUAUACGUAAUAAUGAAAGUGCUAUCAAAAUCAAUUAAGUUUAAAAAUAUUUUUUAAAAAAUUAUAUAAAUGCCCAAACGCUUAAAAGGCUUUGGGUAAAUUCCUGGGCAUUUACCCAUUUUAUAAAUAUACAUACCAUUGGGCAAUUUGCAAAUAUCACUAGGACAUCGUAUACAGGGUGAGCUAAUACUAUUAAUGUUUUUUGUUUCACCUAGAUUUGGAUCAUUUCAAUUGUUUUUGGUAUAUCCAUUAAUUUUUCAAAAACUCUCUUAUACCUAAAGUCAUUAGUAUAUGAAAUAUUUUUACACCUUUAUACAGAUGUUGUCGAUGAUUUCUGUAACAAUAAAACAAUAAAGGAUUUACUAGUUUUUCAUAUACACAGUGCUUAUUUUGUAAUAAAUUCUAUAUGUCUUUUUAAAUGUCAUAUAAUUUUAUAAAACUAAAUAUUGUAGUACAAUUAUUAUAUAAGUAAAUACAAACUGUCGCAUUUAUAAAAAAUUAUGUUUGUUUUAUCACUCAGCUAAGAGCCACCAUGUAGAUAUUAGUAUAUUUUCAAGAUAAGGAACUUGUCAUUUCCUUAGUAACACUAAAAACUCACCAUGUUUAUAAGAAUGUGGAUGUUAUAUUUGUCACAACUAUUGUGUAAAGACCAUGUCUAUAGUUUGUCUUAUAUUUUUUGUAAAGUAUUUUGUAGUGAUCUCUUAAGAGUCGUUAUUUGUGAAAAUUGUUUAUGUUCUACUUUAGAUGUCGAAGUUAACUUUAUACUGGUUGUGAUUUCUAGGCAAUAUUUCGGUUUUUUACUCUAAAACCAAACGAUAGUGCCUUCUAAAGGGUUAUAAAUAUUUUUUAUAUUAAUAUAUUUUCAUAUUACA